UUUGUCCUUAUUCAUGCCAUUUUCUAUAACAGAAUUUGAAAUUGAAUACAAAAUAAAUAAAAUAAAAAUACAUAUAUAUUUGUGGAAUAGAUAACAUCUAAAUUUCGUGUGACCAGCUUGAGAGCUAUGUCGAACUACCGUAAUGAUUCUGAAAAAUUCAAUUAUAAUCUUUUGUAUUAUUAUCUAAAAGUUAUACGAUCGGAAAUAUCAAUAAGGUAUGUAUAUGGCGAUGUAUGCUCAUUGAUUAUUUUGAUACAGUGAUACAUCAUACAACUUACCACAUGUAUCUGGUGUUAUAAUUUAGUACCUUAAAACGCAGUACAUCUCGUCGAGUGUAAACGCAGGAAACGCAUUCUGCUUAAUAAAUACAAUAAUGUACGCUUCCUGAUUGUUAAGGUCGUAAUUGCAAUCUGGUUAUAAAUACCAAAUAUUACUGAACUUUCAUUGUAUAUUUAAAAACACAGGGAACUACAACAGAUAUUUGGCACUGUUUAAGGGGCAAACAGAAAAAUAUCGACACAUACGCGUAGUUUUUACCGGCAAGGAGGGAGCCGGGAAGACUACCCUAUGUCUCCGUCUUAGGAAUAAAAAUGUCAACCUCCAACUUCGCCAACCAACAGAAGGGGCUGUUUUACACCCCGUAUGGUUCUCCAUCAAUUGGAAAUCCAAGACGUGGAAACACACUGAUGGGCAAUCCCUUGAUGAAGUGGUUAAAGCACGCAUGGGUGUAUUGAUGGAGAUAAUGAAAUCGUCAGGUAAAGCAAUGGAGUUCGCAGACAAAGCAGUGGGGUCAACUAGUUCAUCGGAUAAGUCUAAAUUCAAUCCAGAGAGAAGAAAUGAGGUUUCAGCUGUUCGGAAAGCUUCACGUAAAUACGGUACCGAUGACGCGUUUCUGUCGUUGUGGGAUAUGGGAGGACAUAGGGUCAUUUCAGGCUUCACACAAUGUCUUCCUCUCUGCGCACGGUGUAUACCUAUUAGUCUUCAGACUCACAGAUUUUCUCAGAGACAAGCUGGAAACUGAUCGACUGAAGAGGUGGAUCCGAUUGAUUGGCACAUUUUCCAAAGACGAAUUAACUGCUCCAAACCUCCGUUCAAAAAGGAUACAAGCACCUCCGAUUAUCUUUGUCGGUACAUUCCUUGAUGAGCUAAAGAAAGAAUACAAUGACUACAACAAACAAAUAGCAGACAUAAACAGGAGCAUCACGAAAUUUCCAGAGCUGUCAAGUCUCCAUUUCGUGAGGUUCUGUACAGUUGAUAACAGCCUCGGCAAUGAUCAUAGAGAACUUGACAUAUUGCGAGGCUUCAUCACAGAGGCAGCGGAGCAUCAGGACCAAUGGGAAAGAGAACUUCCUACUACGUGGUUAAAGUUAGAAUUGGAGCUGUAUCAAGCUAGGGAAAAGGGAACAAAGAUACUGACACUGGAUGAGGUGAUAGAAAUGAACAAAAGAUCGCUGGCUCCAUUGAAGGAUGAAGAUGAGAUCAAACUUGCCCUAGAGUACCUCCACAGCAUCAGGUCUGUGAUAUAUUUCCGGGAAUUCAACUACGUCAUCAAUGACCCACAAUGGCUCGCUGAUUUCUUCAGUAUCCUGAUUACCGAUGACAACUUUCUCCCGAGCUAUGACCUACUGUUCAACCUAGACUUGGAUUUGUACAAAACCAAGGGCGAGUUAACUCAGAAGUUGAUCACACGUCUCCUCUGUUUGAAGAAGAAUGAAGCGUUUGCUCCCUUCAAGCCCAUUCUCCUCGCUCUGAUGGAAAAGUUUGGACUGAUAGUGAGAAUACUGCUGUCGGAAAACGACACAGAAAAUGCACAAUUCAGUGAGACGUAUACCAUUCCAAGCAAACUUUCGGAGCUACAAAAUAUCGACAGGAUUACCGAUGAGGUAAAUGCCCUUAAGCAUAUAAAUCUUGCUGUCUCUAAAACUUUAUGCUUCGUGUUUGAUGACGUUUAUGUACCAUACGAACUGUUCCCCAGAAUAUUUGCCAAGGUCCUUAGGACGUAUAGAGCAACUUCAGUGUCACCACAAAGCUCGGAGGAAGCUGCAGGAGGUAGCGAGUCGACGACAGAGACUACACGGUGUCUCUAUAAGGAUUUUGGCUGCUUUGAGGUCAACGACAUUUGCAGAAUGAUAUUGUCAAUGCACGCAGAGAGGUCUACUAUUGCCGUGACAAUAUUUAGUCCCACGGAAUCUAAGCUUCUUGCAGAUUCUGGAAGAAGCAUUAGGCUUUCUAUCGACCGUAUUAUUCAGGAAACAUUGCAAAUGAGUAGCCAACAACACUUUCAUUACUCACAUCAAAUGCACUGCAACUUCCACCUGAGUCCAUACGACACCCCAGUACAGCUGUUCGGCAUCAUCAAUUCAGAAAACGGCGUGCCCUGUAAAGGCGGAGAAUGUCAAAGGAGACAUCGUCUGUCAGAUAUGGACACGAAGUUUUGGGACGUCCCAGAGCAUUCCUCAAAGUUUCAAGAAAAGAACCAAAUCGAAGAUGAGAAAAUGUCAGAAAAUGUGUCCAGUGAUAAUGUGACAAAGGAAAAUGCUGCAGAAUUUACCAGACGGCCGACCCCACAGGAGCUAAGUCGUCUGUCACGUCUAAUAGACGCGUCAUCAUGUGAACUGUUGUUUUGUGGACUAGGUCUUUCUUACCCAGAAAUACAUACCACCUUACUGGAGUCAUCGUGGAUGGCAGGAACUACUCUGGUCACUAAUCUGUUUUUAAAAUGGACAAAAGCCUACCCGAACCAGACGUUCAAUCACAUCAAACAGGCAAUGACGUUAGUUGGCAUGGCAACUGACCGCAUCUUAGAGGCUGUAGAACCAGCGGAGGAACUUAUAAGUGAAGAUAUAGUCCCACAUGAUGUGUUAGGAAGACCUCCGUCUGGUGAUGAAAUCAAGAAAAUAGCCACUUUCAUUGGCAAUACAUUCUUCAACUUAUUCCUUGAGCUGGGAUUGUCACCUCAAGUCAUAGAGCAGCAUAUGCUGUGUCAAUCCAGUAGCUUUCAGCAAAAAAUGAAAGACCUCCUGCAGUGUUGGAAAGAUGACUUCAAGUGUCAGGCAACCAUAGGCAGGUUAUUAUAUGCGAUGAAGCUUUGUCAGAUUGACUGGGACCGAGCAUCAGAAAUCUUUGCGUUAUGCUAGGAGAAUGACGAUAUUUGAUGGAUGCGUACAGUAAAGGAUACAUGGUGUGUGGUUGUUCAAUUUCCGGUGAACUGGGCAUGUUGCUGUAGUUGUGUUGAGGGGUAAAUAUUGCAGUGCAUAUUCAUUCAUAUCCCUCAGAUCCCUCAGUCAACAGUCAACUUAGUCAACAGCCAUAUUUACUCUUUUACCGAGAGUACUAACGAAUAAAUGUUUAAUAUUUUUGUUUCAUUCAGCAAAACUAUUGCAUCCUAUCUGAAUUGCACAACUUCAUAAUUAUUUUUCAUAGUGGAUUCUAGAGUGAGUAUAACUAAUGACACGUUCCAUCUAAACAAACAAUUUCAUUUUUUUUAAUUCAAUCGAUAACUGGUACAAAGUAUCUUUUAUAAAUGUUGAAUGUUUCAUUAUUUUUUAAUCUAUAUUGAAGAUUUAAGAUGUAAGUUGUUAAUAUUGUCUUAUUUCUUUCAAAAACACUCGAAACAAAUUACCUUUCAGUUUAGUGUUUAGCUCAUGUAACCAGACAUUAUUACUGACAUCAACUAUUCAUAGUUUAUGUGGUUCUGCAUGUUGGGAAUAUUUCUUAUCAUAUCAAAUAGGACAGCGGCUGAAUUGACACAUUCUAUCUAACCACAUUAUGGAAGUGUCUACUGUAUUUUUAUGGUUGGUUAAUUACUAUUUAAUUUUAAUGCUUUAAUAUUAUAUAUCUAUAGGUUUACAUCUUUGUUUUAAAGCACUAAAUGAUGUAACGAUGGAUAAUCCAAUAUUUCAAUAGCGCGAAAACGAACAAGGAAGUUACAACAACAUGGUGCAAUCGGUAUCUAUAUUUAUUUCAUAUUUGAAAUAUCCAGAAACCAUUCGGGACCAGGUCAAAAUCUACUGGAAAAGUCUAUAGUAUGGCACUUACAUAUAUUUACAUACAUGAGAUUUAUCAUCAAGAAAUAUGUUUGUAUUGUUGUCAUAUUGGUAGGUAUCUGAACUACAGAAUAGAGGGGCUUUCCUUCUAAUUCAUAGCAUGCACUCUGUAAAUUAGAUCGCAGAUAGUUAUAACUUAGCCUUAAAUAUAGUAUUAAUAUUUCUGCAUUGUUACUGAAAUGAAGGUCAUUGCAUAACAUCCGCUUUACCUAAAAUAUAAACAACCUGUUGUCAUGACUUUGUUAAAUGUAUCUACAUAAAAGUAUCAUGUAUUUUGUAGAAAUCUUUAAUAUAACUGUAUUAUAUCUGGUUGUUAUAAUAUACAUACAAUGCAUAUUCAUACAUUAAUAAACUUAAGUAUAGGUCGAAGGUCGACGUAGUUAACUAUCUUAAUAUGCAAGUAAGUUAAUAUUCUCAUUUUUAUUUUAUUUAUAUUAAUUAUGACAGAAUUAUAUUUUAAUUACUAUGAUGUUUUCAUCUUUUUAUUGUAUUAUAUUAACAACCAUAUUAAGAUUUUACAUAUAUAAAUUACAAGUGAUUAAUAUUUCAUUUUGAGUGACAGUAUUGAUUAUGAUAACAAUAAAUAUAUAACAGGUCAAGAUGGCUCGAUUGUAAUUUACGGGAAAACAGGAACACAUGAGAAAUAAUUUUCCUUUACAUCAACGGAACUUCAAAGUCUGAAAAUGUGCUGUGAGUUGGUCUUAUUAUUCUUUAUAAAUAAGCAUGUGAUGUUUUGUGAAUGGUUUGAUAAAUAAUGAGAAAAUCAUGUUGAUUGUAGAACGAAUACUAUACAAAAGGAUCCGCUUACUACUAUCAUAAUAGGCCAUGUUACAAACACGACGAUGGUAAAA